CGUCGAGGAGUAUGAAAUGUUCACCAUCAACCGCCAGACGGGCGUGAUCCGGCUGGUGAUCCGGCCGUUCGUGUUCUCGGAGGAAGACUACUCGUUCAUGGUGGUCGCCAGAGACACCCACGACCAGAACGACACGGCCCACGUCCACGUCCACGUCAUAGAUGUGAACAACAACCGGCCCAAGUUUCCGCAGUGUGAGGAGUACCGACCGGAGGUGGAGGAGAACAAGGGCAUCGGGACGCCGGUACUCACGGUGGAGGCGACGGACGCGGACAAGGGCGAGAACGCCCAGGUGGUGUACUCACUGGUGACCAGCCCUUUCUCACUGGAGUCGUUCUUCAGCAUCGACCCCGCCUCUGGGCAGCUCACCACGCUGAAGGUACCGUCAGCCCCCCCCCCCCCC